AUGACUCAUACACAUAGGCUUAACGACCACAAGCUUCCGAUCUGUCAGAUGCUUUCCAUGUCCCAUAAAAUCGAGGCAGAAACUGGUAUUUUUAAUUUCGAAAGAGAUGAAUUGGAUACAUCAGAUCAUGAGUUAAAUUAUAUAUGUUGUUUAGCUGUAAAUGUUACUAUUCUCAUCACAUCUACUCUUGAAGUUAGACUAGGCAAGAAAAAUCGAGAGGAAAUUGAUACAGCCUUUAAGUCAAUGGAUGAGCAAUACAUGUGGAAAAUUUCGACUGGAAGAUUCAUCGAAAAAGAACUAUAUAGACUAGGGCAAAAACUGGAAUUUGAGCAUGCUAUCCAUUCGUUUAUUACAGACGCUGAUGAUGAAUUAAUUUCAUCGCAUCUUAAUGAUACAGAACUUGAAGAAAUUGAUUAUUUCACGUACCUGAUCUCCCAGAUCAAAUCGCUGAAUUUUUAUAUGAAUUCGUUGGCAAGCUUAAAUGAGAUUAGAGAGACCAUAAAGUCAAAGAUGUUUGGUAUCAAUUAUGAUCACAAAAACUACCACGAUAAGGAUUAUAUAAUCUAUGCACUCAUUGUAAUUCGAGAAGUUCAAGGUGGGAGCAUGAAAAACACGAAACUGGAAGUUUGGUUCAAUUGUCACAUUUGGAGCGUAAUCUUUGACCAAGCUUUUGGUGAUAUUAAUGUGAUAUCCGUCGUCAGGGGCGAGAGUACAAGUUUGGCAAUAGCUUAUCGAAAAAAUAUGAAAAGAAAGUCUGAAAAGAGACGAAAAAUGGGUCGCAGGGGUGAUUGGAUCGUGAGGUCCGUCACUAAUGGUGACAAACAUGAGUUUGGAGCAGGCGAAGCUGGAAAUGUUUGGACGGAUGAUCACAGAACCAAGUUUCUUGAGGCGGGUUUGAAAUUACCUAAAGUUCUUAAGGAUAUGCUGGUAAAGUUAAUGAAAAAAGUAGAUUGGAAUAGAGAAAGGUGUGCAAAAUGCAGACGGUUGGAAUUGUCCAUGCAGUUAUUGAUGGAGGUAUCGGAUAAUCCAGAAAAAUUUCCCUCUGUUCUAAAAAUACUAGCAUCUGUUUUGAACUUAAAG